AUGCAUAUUGGAAGCAAAAUGCCCAACCUAACCUCCACAUCAGAAUUUCUGCUCCUGGAAUUUUCGAACAUUCGAGAAACACAAAUCGUAUAUUUCUUUGCAUUCCUCACAGUCUACCUGACUGCAGUGACUGGCAAUCUUCUUAUCAUCCUUGCUGUAGCCCUGGAUCACCAUCUGCACACUCCCAUGUACUUCUUUCUCAUGAACUUGGCCAUUCUGGACCUUGGCUCAGUUUCUGUCAUGGUACCCAAAGCCAUGGCCAAUUCCCUCACGAACAGCAGGUCAAUUUCUCAUUCAGGAUGUGUAGCUCAAGUUUUCUUCUACAUCUUCCUUGGAGGGUCAGACUUUUUCAUCUUGACAAUAAUGGCACAUGAUCGGUAUGUCGCUAUCUGCAAUCCAUUGCAAUACGAGACAAUUAUGCACAGAGGAGCCUGCAUUCAGAUGGCGGUCGGUGCAUGGAUUGCUGGUAUACUCUAUGGUGUGUUAAAUACCGGAGGAACUUUUGCUAUCACCUUCUGCUCCAACAUGAUCAAUCAGUUCUUCUGUGAAAUACCCCAGAUUCUUAACAUUGCCUGUUCAGACAUCUAUCUAGAAGUUGGUAUGCUUAUGUUUAGCUGUUCCCUUGGACUAGGAUGCUUCAUCUUCAUUGCUGUCACUUAUGUGCACAUUUUUGUAGCUGUGCUCAGAAUCCCUUCUGCGCAUGGACAGAAAAAGGCCAUCUCCACUUGCCUUCCCCACCUCACUGUGGUCUCUUUGCUUCUCUUUACUGGCAUCUUUGCUUAUGGGAGACCUCGCAGUUACUCUUCAUCAGACCUGAAUGUUCUUUUUGCAAUCAUUUAUGCUGUAGUUCCUCCAUUGCUCAAUCCAUUCAUUUACAGCAUGAGAAACAAAGAAAUCAAGACCGCAUUGUUGAAGCUCUGUUCGCUCAGGAGCAGC